GUCACAGUCUGCACUUGCACAGUAAGAUAAGUUUACGCUUCGGAAAUAAAAAAGUAAAGAAAUGUAAUAGUUGAAAUCAAAGCAAGUAUUAUGUUAUUUUUAAGGUUGUUGUGCUUAAUGUUCAUCCGUUUGUGGACUAUAUAUUCUAUCCAGACCACUCUCUGUCUGGGCGGAGAGGUUUUGGGACAGAGUGCCAGUUCCAGUAACUAGACUAUAUUCGGUAUGACUUUGGCUGGAAGUAGCAACAAAACGGACUGGUUUUGCCCGCGGUGUCACAAGGAGUCUGUUUUCCAAAGUGUACUUCGCUCAGGACUUUUUGUUAUUUGUCUGGUAGUGGUCUUGUCCAUGUACCCCCUGCUGAGACCUCUGGGGGUCCACAUCCAUUCCGCCAUCACUGGAAGCUACAUACCCGGCCACCACUCCAUCCUCCUGGUCAACUGUCCCAACGAGCAGGCUGCCAAGGACAUUGGCAGAGCUAUCAUGGAGAGGAGGAUGGCAGCGAGCAUCAACAUUCUACCCAGGACCUCCACUAUGUAUUACUGGAAAGGCGAUAUUCAAGAUGCUACAGAGAUACUCAUGAUGGUGAUGACAAGAACAUCCAAUAUCCCGCAGCUGACAGAAUAUGUGAGGUCUGUCCAUCCCUAUGAGAUCCCAGAGAUCCUGAGUUUCCCUGUGGAUGGUGGGAGUCUGGCCUACCUGAAGUGGAUGGACGAAGCUAUGCCCAAUGAUUGACAGCUCAUUUGACCAAUACCACUGGUCUGUCUGUGGCUGUUUGACCAGUGGCGUUACCGUGGGGUCAUAUGUUGCUUGCACAGCGUCCAAACCUGCCAAAGUUAACAUUGCCUGCAAGUAUGUGUUGUCGUGGAGAUCUGUGUUGUUGUAAGUGGUUUCCAUGGCAACCCUUGACCCGUAAUGUUCUCAUUGAAGUUUAGACUUACAGAUUAGUAUAAGAACUGUCCACAAGGAGAUGCUGAAACAGGAAGCAGUUAACUUGUAUGUUGAUUUCAUUGUGUUUCAUUAACUUUAUUUCCGGAAAAGUAAUCUCAGCUAAUUGUCUUAAAAAUAUAUACUGUAUAUAAAAACAUUUUUGCAUACUGUGAUUUUAUUCGAUUUCUCAGAAUAUAUCUGCUACCUAUUUCAGAUAUGAAAUGUUUGCAUAUUUGGAGUUUAUAACAUAUAGGUAUAUUUAUAAAACGUGAAUUAAAUAACUAUUUUACUAUCA